AGCAUCAUCGAGUAUCUUAUCUAGAUUCAUUGAAGGCCACAAAGCCAUCAAACUACAAAAAUUUUCCCUCUUCUUUCAAAUCCCAUAAAAUUUUCUCCCUCUUUCUCCUCUCGACUCUCAACAGCCUCUCUCUCUCUCUCUCUGUUCUCUGAAACCCAACCAACUCGACGAACAAUGCCCGCAUUGAACCUCAGCGUCAAUGUCCCAGUGGACCCUGUGGUCGCUUCUGACAUCCUCAAAGACGCCACCAAGAUCUUAGCCAAAACCAUUGGCAAGCCUGAAUCUUAUGUGAUGAUAGUUCUAAAUAAUGGAGUGCCUAUAGCAUUUGCUGGAAGUGAAGAACCAGCUGCAUAUGGAGAAGUUAUAUCCAUUGGUGGACUUGGCCCCGGCGUGAAUGGGAAGUUAAGCUCUGCUCUUGCAGAUCUCCUCCAAACCAAGCUCUCUAUUAAUAGUUCCAGGUUCUAUAUCAAGUUCUGUGACGUUGAGCGCUCGUUCUUCGGCUUCAAUGGUUCAACAUUCUGAGCUACCGAUCUAGCUAUUCUCUGAACGAAUAUCUCAAAACGAAGCUGAGGACAAGAGAUGGCAUUCGAUUUCUCCCUCCUGUGUAAAAUUGAUGUUCAUCUAAUUUGAGUUGGUUUUGGUCGUUGCUGUGAAGAAGUCACAAGCGAAGCCUCCUACGUUGAUGUAUCAGUUGUUCAUUAGUGUUGAUAUAAGAAUGUUUCAUCUUUAUAUUUGAUCUUCCUCCCUCUUAUUGAGCAAUUUCCGCUGCAUUUCAAUGCCCAUGCUCAUUCUCACUUAUAAUGGUAUUGCGGUGCUUUUCUGAUUGUA